GAUGAAAUGUUAAUAGAACUUAUCUUUUCUAUUGUUGAUUACUUAGCUUCUAUCUGAUAACUUUUAUCUCUUUGGUAUGUACUUCGCGGGUUUUGGUUAUAUUUAUUUGUGAAUCAAAACAAAAACAGUAGAGAGAUUUACGCUGUCUCGUACCGAAAGUCUGUUAGAUUGGAAAAUAUUAAUGAUGUUCUACUAUUUCACUUUCUGAAUUUAAAAAUUUUGAAUCUGAAUUUCACGCUCAAAAAGAUGUCCGUUUUGGAAGCUUUUGCUAGUUUCCAUUUAGAACUGGUGUCAAAAGAAUGGGUUGAUAAUGUAUGGGAAACAGAUUUUUAUAACGUUAAAGAAUUGCCCAAUGAAUAUGAAUCACAGUUAGAUGAUCAAGAUUUUUCUGAAUUAAUAAGCAAUUUAAUUGAAGCUAUUGAAGGAUGGAAUGCUGAAGAUAGUAGAUGUAGUACCUCAAGAGGUUCUGAACUAUUUGUGGCUGUACCUAAAUCAUGGACUGUACUUAUUGAAAAAGGGGUUGAUUACAAAGCGUUUCUAUGUAUUUUAAGUGUGUUUUUGAAAGGAAAAAAGAAACCAUCUAUCAAUGUUCUGAAUAAAAUGAUUAUUUCUUCAAGAUUAUAUUUUGCUUUAUUAUCGAUAUCUGGUUCCCAUGUUUUUAAUAUUUUUAAUUCCAUUUUGUAUUAUCAAGCUCUUCAAAUAUUUACGGACGUUAUGGGAUAUUGCUGUUCUGUGAAGAAAAAAGGGAAAAAUGCAAGUUCUAAAAAAAACUUAAACUAUGUUUUAGCUGAUAAUGAUAUGAUGGGUCAUUCUCUGAAACUGUCAGAUGUAGAAAUUGAUGUGAUUCUAAAUCAAAUUAGUUUGUCACUUGAUGUAUUAUCUAACUGUCUCAAUGUUAUUUAUUUAAAGGAUGAUGAAGAGUCAUUAGUCAAAACGAUUCAAGUUCUUGUUAGUUUGACGCAAGUUGAGAGCAAUAAAAAUGUAUUUUACAACAUUCAUAGUAAUAAUUUAAAUGAAUGUAUCUCUAGGAAGUCAUUUUUAAUUUUGGAACAACUUUGUUCUUUGAAUCAUGGCGAUAUAAAGCAAAUAAUAUUUGUAAUAAUGCGUAACUUCUUGCAAACUAUGGUUAUUCGAGAAGAGGAUAUUAAAAUGGCUACUAGAGAUCAUAUUUCAUCAAAUGUUAAUACAUUUGUUUUAAUUCAACGAUUGCUUCAGACGCAUGAAAAGGAUGCAUUACCUGCUGUCAAAGGUCUGAUUCAGCAAAUGUGUGUUAGAUUGCCUGAUAGAACAGAUAUAAGAAGUAAAGCCCUCCCUCAAAUAAUACAACUUCUGCAACUUUUCAAAUAUAACGCUUUUCUAGAUUUUGUUAUAUGGUUAGUCAGUUUAGCACAUAGUGAAAUACUAAAGUAUCGCUUGUGUGCAAUUGAAUUGAUUGCAAAACUUCUAAAUGCUUCUGAAAUUACAGAUUUUGUUGAAGGAGAUCGAGCUAGAAAUCCAGACUCAGAUACUACUAUUAGUAAUCCUGAAAGUGGAUUUGUGAAUUUUUCAUGUGGAAGAAAUGAAAAGAUCCUUACAAAAUUUUUGAUUGGUUCUAUUCUAGCAAGAUCACUUGAUGCUUCAGCAAUUAUUAGAUCAAAAUGCCUGAAUAUUUUUGCUUCAUUGUUAUUCUCAAAUCAAAAAGUUAUUAAGGAAAUAUUGGAAGAACUUGUGAUGAAGGAAGGUCUUAAUGGUUCUCUCGAAUCAAAUGCUGAUAACAUUCAAAGCCCAUCUUAUUUUGAUUUUCAAGACUAUUUAAGUACAAAUGCUGAAAAAUUGCUUCUUCCUAAGCAUCCUUUGCCAUCUGUUGAAUGCAUCUUACACAUUGUUGGAAUCCAAACUUGUGACCAGAAUGUUUAUGUUAGAAAGAAUGCUCUUCUUCUUAUACUAAACUUAUGUUUAUAUAACAAGUUUUGGCUGAACAAUAACAGAACCAAGAUAUUUCUUGACAGUUGUCUAGAUAGUUCAUUAAUGAUGAGGAAAUUUAGUGUCAAAUGCCUUACCGAUCUUUUGCUAAGUUAUCCUUCUAAUGCAAAUAUUAUUGAUGCUUGGGUACAAGGUGUUGUGUCUUUGAUUGCAGAUAAUGAUGUGAAAUGCCAAGAAAAAGUUAUAGAGUCAAUUGGAAAUGUUAUAUUAAACAAUCUGGCAGAUUAUAGUAACGAUAGUGAUGAGUUCUCAAAACUUCCUUGGGAAGUACUCAAUAUUAUUACUGAGAGUGGAAAAAGAACUCUUUUCAAACAUGUAUGUCAUCACUGGUCUAAAAACAAAGUUAUAACGAAAAUGAUAUUAAAAACUAUAGAAACUCAUAUUGGUACCGAAAACAACAUAAACGCAUGGUUCCUUGUCGUAUGUAUUUCAGAGUUUCAAGACUAUCCUGAACCUAAUUUUAUUUCAGAUUACUUCUUGCAAAAUGUAUGCAAUCUUAAUAAAAUUGGAGAAAAUGUGAGUGUACUUGUAGUGGAAGCAGUAUUUUUAAAUUGGAAAGGUCUCAGUCAGCGAACACAAGAAGAAAUUUAUUUGAAAUUAAAAGACACCUUGGAAUGUUUCAAGGUGCCAUUAACACUAAUUUCACGGUACCUAGAUAUAUGCUAUGUUGCCGAUAAAGAAGGCACAAGGGCGUGGAGUAGAAGGCUGGUUCAGUUAUGUGAAGAAUAUUUGAGAAAGAAUGUUGCACCUGGCUGUUCUUCAGAAGUUAAUGAACAACUGCUUUGUCGCCAUAUCCAUACUUUAGGUGAUGCCUCUCAGUUUCAUCCUGGAGUUCAUAAUGACAUAAUUAACUAUCUUGUUGAUAUAAUAGAUCCUACAUCGAUAACUAGAGGUAUGACUUCUAAGUGGAAAGGAACAGUUAGUAGCGUCGUAAAAGCAAUAGCGAUAGUUACGCUAGGUAAGAUCUGCCUACAGGACCAUUUCAUUGCCAAGACAUAUGCACCUGUUUUAGCAAGUGCAUUGAGUGUCAAUUCAAAACCCAAUGUUAAAAUAAAUUCGAUGAUUGCCCUCACAGAUCUUUGUAUCAGAUUUACAUCAGUUGUCGAAGAUUAUUUGGGUGAUAUUUGUGUAAUGUUGAGAGAUGAGGAUAUUAACGUGAGAGUCAACUGCUUAAAACUUUUGAUACAACUGUUGCAGGAGGACUACUUAAAACCUAAAGGAGCACUUUUUUUCUACUUACUGAUCACGUUAGGGGAUCCGGACUCAAAAAUUAGAGGAAUGACUGAAUCUUUUAUUGAGAAUAUUUUAUUAAAACGAAAUCCAUCCAUUAUGUCAUAUUUCUUCAUCCAGGCCAUUUUCUUUUUCAACGAUUAUGAGGGAGUGGGAAGUUUUAAUAAGGAAGGUCUCUCUGCUAAAGAAAGAAGAAUUUUUUCUAUGGCUGGUAAGACAAACUUUGAUAACAGGGGAAACAUCUAUAAGUACAUGCUGAGUAAUAUGCGAGACGACCACAGGUUUAAAUUGAGUAACAGAAUUUGCGCAGAUAUUCUAGAUGAAGUAAUAGAUGGCAAUAUUCCCCUGGAACGAGUUGGUUCAGCUAUUUUAAAGGAUGCAUUGUUUGCAAUGGCUUGUGACGAAAUGCGUCUUGAAAAUAUGAGAAAAGGAGAAGAAGAUUCCUCUGAUAAGGAACUGGAAGAUGCCAUGGUACCAGAACACAAUGGUGAUGAAGUUAUUUUGGGUUUUGCUAAAAAAGUGUUUCUUUCUCAGAUUGUCAAAACCAAUUAUGUCGAAUAUAUUGUGCCUACAAUAUCAAAACUAAAGCGUAUCUUGGCUGAUAGGAAAUCGCCAUUAGUUCGAGAUUUGAUGAUAUGUUUGCGAGAACUUAUGAAGGAUUUCAGGGAAGAGAUAAAUGAUAUCCUGCAUUCGGAUCCAGAGUUGGCUGCAGAAGUUUCGUGGGAUUUAAAAAAUAUAAGCAAAGAAGAUGAACCUCCUAAUGAGCUUAGUGGAGAAUUCAACAUUAAAGAACUUCGUGUAAGCUGUGAAAGAUUGUCAGAAAAAGCUUUAAGUGAAAAAAUGGGCAUAUCUAUUUCAUCUAUUAAAUCAUUACAGGCUCAGUCUGCGGGGCAUUCUAAUUCAAAUAGUGCUGAUAAUUUAUCUUCCAGUCAUAGUAAAUUGCCAACAGGUCAAGAGCGCUCCACAAAGCUUUCUUUUGAAAAAAGUAGGCGAUCUCGAAGGAAUACAAGGUUGAGGAGUCGAAAUUCAGCUAACAGAUCACAAGUAGAAGGGAAUUCUAAUGAAAUUGUCAAUAAUUCUGGAAGAUGUAACUCAUCUCUAGGAACUUUAAAUGAAGAAGUUUUCAAACAAACUCUUCCUGGUCCUUCUUCUUCUUUUAGAAAAACUUUUGAACCUGAGAACUCGUCUAGUGAAAUAUCUUGGAUACCUUCAUUUCAUAGUUCACCUAAUUUAGACAAGAGAUCUUCAAAAUCAAGAACUUCACUCGAUAGUGAAUGUUCCACUUCUUGUUCCUCAAUGUCAUACGCUUCAUCAAUAGACUCCUCUUCUGGUGUAAAGAAAAAACAGAGUCAAGAACAUGACCUUGCAUUAUCGGUGAAUCAGACACAAGAUGCUGGGCCUAGUCAGAUGAAUAGAAGACCUUCAGACCAAAAGAGUAUUCCUUCACCUAAAUCUACCAAAGAAAAGAAAAGAAAGAAAGGAAAGAGGAAAUGAGUUACAUUUGUAAAUAAUGUAAAAUUUUUUUAUUAAAUGUUGUAUUAUUUUAUUUUAAUACUAUUACCACCUUUAUUUUGUUUUAUUCUAUUCCUUGUGAAUAUGAAAAGUUAGAUUUUUCCUGAUUUUAUUUUGUUUUUUAUGGAUGUGCAAUUAUUUACUAUUGCAUUAUAUGUGUGAAUUGAAAGACUUAAAUAGAAUUUAAUUUGUUAUAUAUGUCAGUUUUUUGUUCAAAUAUUUAUUAGUCAUUUGUUUUUAUUGUGGCCAUAUUUAGUACAUUUUCUAGGAAGAAAAUAAUUUAUAUUCUUAUUAUUAAGAAUUAUUGAGUAUUUGAUAGAAUUAUUGUGUAGUUGGAUAUCUGCUUUAUAAACUGAAAAGCAAUUAAUAUCUAAAAGUUCAAGCAAAAUUAUCCUCCAUUCUGUACUAAUUAAUAUCAACGAGAUGACUAUUUGUCAAAACAUAAGAGAAUUUCAGAUUAAUAAUGUAGAGAAUAGAAUGUUUUCAUUUAUAUGUGUCAGUAUUUUAUUUUGUAAAUUCAUUGUAUAUUUUAUCUUAUAAUUUUAAAAUAUUAAUAAAAAGUUCCUUGUAAUUUACUAAGAUGUUAGAUAAUUGUUUCUCUUACAAUAUGUAUUCAUCUAAAAAUAUAUACUGUCUGAAGAGAUUUUUUUUUUAAAUCCUUUUUUGAGAUUAAGGUAACCAAAAGUAACAGCAGAAAUGUUGAAAAGUUUACAGUACCAAUCUUAUUAUAUUACUUAGGUUU